GGUUUGUGUAUGUGAAAUAUUUUCACUGGACGAGGUUCAAAACUUAGAGGAAAAAAAUCUUAAGCGGCAGCAUUACGCCAUUCUUCCCUCUUGGAAAAAGUGGGAUUUAAACAAGUGUCGUACAAGAUAUCGAGCAGAAUUGCCGCAGUAUAAGGGAAGUUAAGUUUCUCUUUUCAAUGCAAACCGUUUCCUCGGGUUGCUCUCUCCGCACUGGGAAGCGCAGGCAGAAUCAAGCGAUUUGUAUCACUAUGGUACUGAAUAGCGACGCGAGGGAAAACAGUUUACACAGUUUAAUUGACAAAAGAAAACUGAACUCAAGACCUAAGUUUUUCUUGUGCAAACCCGUGCAUGUUUACGUAAUUCACACUGGAAGAGUCUGUGAAUAUUUCUUUCACGCUGGGAUCCAAAUGAAGAUCAGAGGAUGAAAGUACUGAACCGUCUCCCUCUUUUAUUGGGGUGUUGGACUCUGUUAUACCUGGACUUCAUCCCAGCGGCUUUGAGCCAUACCGGGAAGGCGCACCUACCGGAGGGUUACACGGGCGGCGGCAUCGAGAGGGCUCAGCUUAGGACCGGGGGCGCUGAUAAGUUUAUGGUGGGGGAUUAUUCUGCCCGGAAACCCACGAAUGGAGCGAGGAUCACCCGCAUCCGGACGGGACCCCCGCUGAUCAAAAGCGACACGCUGAUUUCGGCGCAGGGCAGCGCAGCAUCCAGUCGUGCGCGGUUAGCUAACGGUCUGGGAAGGAAAGAAGCUGCGCUCUCCUGGGUACCCAGAGAUGCUAGCAGAGCCAGCGCUGCAGCUGAACCAUGGGCGUUAACGGAGCACGGGGGCAAGAGCCCGGUAGGAAGGAACAAUAUAAAGACUGCUGUUAAAGCCUCCAGUGUACAUGCAAGGCCCGGGCAACUCACAGCUGCUGCACAGAAACACAUCGGUCCGCUUGCUCAGAAGAGCCCCAAAGUCGCGGACAGAGACUCUCCAAAGCACCCACUGGUGACCCCGCAUGACUAUAUGCUGUCGCUGUACUGGUCACUGUCUACCGGAGAGGUGAACAGUAGCGUACUACACGAGGCUGGCAUGGCUAAUACCAUCACCAGCUUCGUAGACAAAGGACAAGAUGAGCACCUCCCUCAGCUGCGAAGACAGAAGUAUCACUUCAACAUCAGUUCCCUGGAGAAGGAGGGCUUGUUGGGAGCGGAGCUGCGGGUUCUCCGGAAGCGGCCGGCGGAUCCCCGCAAAGCCCGCUCCGCAGGUUCCUUCAGCCUGAAACUUUUCAGCUGUGCCGCAGGUAAGCAGAAAGCGACCCUGCUGCAGUCUCGCCUUAUCGAGGAGAACGAUGCACCAAAAUGGGAGGUGUUUGACAUCUGGAAGCUAUUCAAGAACUUCAGGAACAUGGCCCAGCUUUGCUUUGAGUUGGAAGCUACAGAACGGGGCCGCGCUGUGGACCCGAGGACGCUGGGGUUCAGCCGCAUGGGCAGGCAGACUAAAGAAAAGGCCUUUUUCCUAGUGUUCAGUAGGACGAAAAAGCGGGACUUGUUCUACAAUGAGAUCAAAGCCCGCUCUGGCCAUGACAACAAGACCGUUUAUGAGUAUCUCUUCACCCAGAGGCGCAUGCGCAGAGCUCCAACACCUCGAAUCAGGAAGCCAGCGAAAAACCCCAAGCCAAGGUGCAAUAGAAAGCAGCUUCAUGUCAACUUCAAGGAGAUGGGUUGGGACGACUGGAUCAUAGCGCCCCUGGAGUACGAUGCCUUCCAUUGCGAUGGGGUGUGUGACUUUCCCAUACGCUCCCACCUAGAACCCACCAACCACGCCAUCAUUCAAACCCUCAUGAACUCCAUGGAUCCGGACUCGACUCCACCAACUUGCUGCGUUCCCACCCGACUCAGUCCAAUCAGCAUCCUGUACAUUGACUCGUCCAACAACGUGGUCUACAAACAGUAUGAGGACAUGGUGGUGGAAUCGUGCGGCUGCAGGUAGCAAUCGAAGGACCAUUGCUUUGUUGUUUCAUUCGGACCAGUGUGAGAUGCAUAUCAGCUGAUUAGAGAUCUUGGCAAGUUUUAUCGUUUAGGGCACUGGACAGAUCCCUUCACUAGGCUGUUAAAUAAGAUUUAGCCGGAGUAAUUUAAUGAACCUUUCUGCCUUUUCACCAACAAAUGACAAUUCAUUGAAAGCAUAUUGUACCACACACACCUUGAGCAGAGAAGUGGCACUUUGGUUCCCAAAGAAAUAUGAUUGUCUGGUGUGAUCUGGAGACCAAGUCCAUUCUGAUCUUGGAAAUCCACAGAGGUUAAAAAUGAUGCCGUUAGCAAAUCAUCACUAUUUGUUAUGACUUGAAAAAUGAUACCCGUUGCAUGUCUUUCUGAAUAUCAUCUAUGGAUUGUGUUCUUCAGAUUUUUAAAACAUCAUUUUGUAUUUCCUGUAUUUACAUUAAAGAGAGCCCCCCUUCUGUGUCUUUUAAUCUUCUAAUUUUCUGCAGUUUCUUUGUGCUAUUAAAUUAUAUUAAGUAGUCUAUAUGAAUGAAUUUCCAACCAUGAUCCACACUUGACAGAAACUAAAUAAAAGACUUAUUAUGAAAAGAAAAUGAAAAAAAUACACUACUGAUGUUCAUAAUCUUAUGUAAUCCCUUUGUAUAUGACCCUAACCAUGUCCUAAAGUCAUAUGAUAUUAAUAUGCAGUACCUUAUACAUUCAAUAAAAAUCACAAAGAACAAAAUUUGAAA